AUGACCGAAUACAGUCAUCUUCACAUCAACAUGACAUUCAAGUGCAGAAGUAUUCCAUAUGGUUAUGAAUAUACAAACAACUACAGGGCGCAAAUAUCUUGUUUACGUGGUGAACUUGGUUAUAACUUUGUGGUCUCUCUUAUUACGAUUACGAUUGACACAUAG